GACAACAAAAUUUAUUAUUAUUGACGUAAAUCUAAAUUUGUGUGUAACGUUUUUUUUUGUGUAUUUUAAAUUUGUGUUACAAAUAUUCCAAUUUUUAAAAAUUGUGUGUGUAUUAACAAGUGGAAAAAAUGGCGCCGAAUAGUAGUAGAAGGCAGUCGUUGUUGGCUCAUUUGAAAAAUUUAGUGAACGAAAUCGACGAUAAGGGCUGCUGUUUGCCAGGCGGACCAUGCUGCCCACCAGGACCAUGCUGUCCUCCCCCAUGUGGUGCUCCUUGCUGCCCACCUGCAUGCCCUCCUUGUUGUCCACCUCCAUGCCCUCCUUGUUGUCCACCUUGCUGUCCGCCAAGCUGCCCUCCGCCAGGAUGUCCCAUGCCUUGUCCACCACCCCCUCCGCCACCUUGUGGUGUGCCAAUAUGUAGCCCAAAUUGUUGUCCACCGACGGUUGCAAUACCUCCAGUUUUACCAAUUUGCCAACCGACUCCGACCCCGUGUGUUCCGGUGGCGGAUCCGAGCAAGCAAAAACAACCCUGCGUCCCAUGUAAUCCACCUCAGUUGAUGGUCUGUUAUCGACGGCCGAAAUGCGGUGGAUUGGCGAGAUGUAAAUCGCGAGAAUUAAGAGGUGGCAUUUUGCACAUGGGCUGUGACUGUUGCAAACGUAACGGACUUCAAGAUGACUGUCUGAGAAGGGAAUGUUUCGGCGCCCCCAAGUGCUUAACUAAACCCGAUCCUACCUGUUGUCCGAGUCAGUUUUGCGGGGGAAAGCAUUUGGGAAGAAAGAAAUGCGGAGGCGGAAAUGGCCUGGAAGAAUAUCAAUGUUAUCCUGCUUACGUCAGGAUGCCUGGCACUGUGCCAUGCCCUCCACCGGUUUGUCCUUGUGGACCAUGUGGACCUUGCGGGCCUUGUGGUCCAUGUGGACCUUGUGGUCCAUGUAAUCCCUGUCCUUCACCGUGUGGUCCUUGUGGCCCGUGUGGCCCUUCGCCCCCUUGUUGCCCGCCAUCCUGUGUGCCUUUAUUGGCUGCUCCACCAUGUCCUCCUCCUAUUUGUCCCGGUCCACCUCCAUUGAAACCAUUGGGUGCUAUUUGUCCUGUUGCUCCUCUGCAACCCUUGAAUUGCCCUCCGUGUUGUGCAAUGCCUCCUAUCGUACCCUGCCCUUGUUAAAAACACCGAGUAUUAUAUUUGUAUGGAAAAUGUAUGUUGUGUAUGUCCGUGUGGUGUUCAUAAAAAAUAAUAAAGAUUAUUUUAUCACAAA